AUUAUCUUUCUCACUCACUCCAAAGUGAAGUGAGUGAGAAGAGUAUACAAUGGCUGAUGUUCCCAUUUCGAGAGAUAAUAUUGUUGGAACAGUAUUAUUACCAGAUAAGGAACAAGAAAACUCUAUCAUAGUAUCCACUCUGGUUCACGUUCUCUCGACAAAUAAUGCUGCUGUUCCUAACCAACAAAGGAAACGGGAAUCAGAUUGGAAACGGGAAUCAGAAGCAGCCACGUCAUCAUGUGGCAGUGGGUCCCUCCCGAUCCAUUAUGAUCCUUACACGUGUCGUGCAUGUAAAAUCAACGGCUGUCUCGGUUGCAGAUUCUUCAUUGAGAAAGAGAAUGGGGAGAAGAGAAAAAAGUACAGGGGGGUGAGGCAGAGAGCAUGGGGAAAAUGGGUGGCUGAGAUACGAGACCCAAAAAGGGCAACUCGUGUUUGGCUUGGUACUUUUGCUACGGCGGAGAAUGCUGCAAGAGCUUAUGAUCAAGCUGCUAUUAAGUUUCAUGGUGUUAGAGCUAAACUCAAUUUUGAAUCCUCUGAUUAUACUGUUAGUGAUGAAAAGAUGCAAAGUGCGAAAGUGAAGGAACAUGUUGGUGAGAUUGCAGGGAUGAAUCAAACAAAAACUACUAUCUUAUCAUUCGGAGCAAGAAGUGAACUAGACUAGAGCGUGUAACAUGAGAAAAAUAAACGUGCUAUGCCUAUGAGUUUCAUGUUGAAUAGACAAUAAGCUCAACGUGUUACUUUGUAUGCGUGAGUUUUGCUAAAUGAUCUUUUCUUCAUUCA